CCUGGAAUCCGGAAGUGAGCCGGGGGUGGCUCUGGGAGGGUCACGUGAUAGCCAGGAAAGCCGAGUCUGUUGUACUGGAGAUCAGCUGCUGUGUGGCGACUGUUCAACGCCGUGACUGAGCGAAAGACGAGCGAGCUGACAGUGUGUGCACCCCGUACACUGAGAAGGAAGAGAGCGGGAAAGAGACGUAUUCCGCACACCGUGACACGAGAAACCACCUGUGUUCUGUGACAGAGGAAAGAGCAGACAGCGUGAACCCUGUGUGUGAGGAGAGACGUUGUCCCGGACCCUGAGAGACAUUGUCCUGCACGCACCCUGAGAGACAUUGUCCUGCACCCUGGGAGACACUGUCCCGGACCCUGGGAGACAUUGUCCCGCACGCACCCUGAGAGACACUGUCCCGCACGCACCCUGAGAGACACUGUCCCGCACGCACCCUGAGAGACACUGUCCCGCACGCACCCUGAGAGACACUGUCCCGCACGCACCCUGAGAGACACUGUCCCGCACGCACCCUGAGAGACACUGUCCCGCACGCACCCUGGGAGACACUGUCCCGCACGCACCCUGGGAGACACUGUCCCGGACCCUGGGAGACACUGUCCCGGACCCUGGGAGACACUGUCCCGGACCCUGAGAGACACUGUCCCGGACCCUGAGAGACACUGUCCCGGACCCUGAGAGACACUGUCCCGCACGCACCCUGGGAGACACUGUCCCGCACGCACCCUGGGAGACACUGUCCCGGACCCUGAGAGACACUGUCCCGGACCCUGAGAGACACUGUCCCGGACCCUGAGAGACACUGUCCCGGACCCUGAGAGACACUGUCCCGGACCCUGAGAGACACUGUCCCGGACCCUGAGAGACACUGUCCCGCACCCUGAGAGACACUGUCCCGCACGCACCCUGAGAGACACUGUCCCGCACGCACCCUGGGAGACACUGUCCCGCACGCACCCUGGGAGACACUGUCCCGCACGCACCCUGGGAGACACUGUCCCGGACCCUGAGAGACACUGUCCCGGACCCUGAGAGACACUGUCCCGCACCCUGAGAGACACUGUCCCGCACCCUGAGAGACACUGUCCCGCACCCUGAGAGACACUGUCCCGCACCCUGCAGCAGAGACAGUCAGUCUAAGAGAGGAGAGACAACAACCUGCCAGCAGAGAGAGACAGCCUUCAGGCAUUGAUGGACAUUGAGCAGGACACACUCAUGUCACCCAGAAGUUCUGCAGACUGAGAACCAGCCUUUAGCCUGUGAGAGACACCCCGCAACCUCUGACGUACAGGAAAGAGACAUCCGGCAACCUCUGACUUACAGGAGAGAGACCCCCGCAACCUCUGACUUACAGGAGAGAGACCCCCGCAACCUCUGUCACACAGGAGAGACACCCUGCAACCUCCUACAUACUCUGAGAUGCAGACGCCCUGUAACAUACACAAGAGAAAUCCUGCUGGGCCCUAAAACCUUCUGAGAGCCAAGAGACUCCGGUUGAGGUGGCAAAGUUUUCAGGGGUACAGGUCUGAAGUCAAUCAGUACAGGUGACACCCGGCAUUAAGAGAAGCAGUGGGCAGGCAGUAAGGAGGUCCCCAGGAGACUUCCUGAAUUGUACCACGUGACCCCUGCACCCACAUGCUUAACAAACCAUAGAAAAUCCCAAAGGUUGGGUUGCAGCCUGGGUGAGAGAAUGACAUUCCAAAGAUAGCUCUCGAUGAUAAUGCCAGGCUCAUUAUCUGUGAGGUGACAGGCCAAGCACUUAUGGAGUGUGACAGUGUGGACUGAGCCCUACCCCCCCCCCGUCAUGCACAAUGCAGUAUUUUGUGUUGUUUUUUUUUGGUUUUGUGCUGUCCACCACAUCCUCUCUGCCUGUCAAUGAUUCUGAGCAAGUAUCGGAUUCCCUUUUCCUUAGUGCUGGGCAACCCUUGAACUCAUCAAAUCUCCUAAUCACAUCUGUCCCUCCCAGCUUUAGAUCCUUAUCAGUCUCGCCACCUACGAUUUCCGCACCAGGAUUUCUGCAGAUCGGAGAUGGUUGUUGCCUGCAGUUUGACUUUCCGGAGCACAGUAAGGGUGUCAUUGUCAUCAGCACUGGGGCUGCAGCUCCCACUUUUGACCUUAGCGUGAAGUCCUUAGACACCUCGGUGCUGCAGGUUCUCAACGUUAGUCGUGGUUCUGAUGGACUACCAGGCAAGUUCCUGGCACAUAUCUGGUCAGGCAUGCCUGGCACGGCACCUCUUCACCUUAGACUGCACCUCCUUGAUUCUGUAAUUGAAGAGCGGGAUGACUUCUCGAUUCAUGUUCUUGCCAACGAUGAAGCUCAAGAAAGUACAGGAUUUGCUGCAAGCCACUUUUCUAAGAGUCCUCUCCUCUAUGCACUGCUGCCCCUCAUCUUCAUCAACAAAUGUGCCUUUGGAUGUAAAGUGGACCUUGAGGUUUUAAAAAGCCUAGUAAAGCGCCCCCACCCGGUAUUGCUAGGCAUUGUGGGGCAGUUUGUUCUGAUGCCUCUAUAUGCAUACAUCCUCUCCUUGCUUUUAGGACUCUCUCUGCCCCUGGCGCUGGGCCUGGUGGUCACCUGUUCCUCUCCAGGAGGCGGUGGUGGGUAUCUAUACAGUCUCUUACUGGGUGGAGAUGUCACUGUGGCCAUAUCUAUGACAUUGGUUUCCACAGUGGUAGCUGUGGGACUUAUGCCUCUUUCAUCUUCACUUUAUGGAUGGUUCCUUGGUGUACACCAGACAAUGCACAUUCCUUUUCUGAAGAUUUUAGCUACACUGCUUUUUAUAGCUGUGCCAAUUUCCACAGGAAUGGUCAUCAAAUGGCGCUUUCCCCAAGUGUCCCGUCUUCUUCUGAUGGUUAUAAAGCCUUUCAGUGUUGUGCUAAUGAUUGGGGGGUUGAUCAUGGCCUAUCAGAUGGGGUCCUCACUGCUGAGCAAAGUUCAACCCAUACUGGUGGUAGCUGGGGUCAGCGUGCCACUGGUGGGACUCCUGAUUGGAUAUCUACUUGCAUACAUUCUGCGUUUACCUGUCCCCCAACGUAGGACGGUUAGUAUUGAAGUUGGGGUACAGAACAGCCUUUUGGCCUUGGCUGUUCUCCAGCUCUCCUUCCAUCGUGCUGAGGCUGAUCUUUCCUCUCAGGCGCCAUUCUUGGUGGCUCUGAGUGGCACUUCAGAGAUGUUACUGUUGGUCUUGUUACACUUUGCCUACCGAAAGUUUAAAGACCGCAAAUGAGGUUCUGGAUGAGGACUAUGCCAACUAAGAUGAUUAAAACAGUUUACAUGCUUGCCGCUCAUUCUCCGCCCCCCCCCCCUUUUUUUUUUUAGUUUUUUUUCAUAAUAUUUUACCUUUCUGUUUUAUUUUACUUUUCUGACAUUCCAAAAAAAAAAUCUUUUUUUUUUUUGCCAAAAUUUGAUUGUAAGGCAGGACAGCAAUAUAAUAUACAUAGUCUGUUAAGGUUUACAUUUAUCCAGGUCAUUGUGUAUUAGCAGUAGUUGGUCAUUCAACUGGACUUGUUCUGUAAUGUUGAAGAUGUUUUGUAGCUUAUCUACUUCUAAUGAGCGUCAGAAAAAUACCCCUGGCCUGGAUAAGCUACAAAUCGUCCUAAACAAGUCCAGCAUGUUUUACUAGUAAUAUUUAUUUCUAGGAUCAAUAAAAUAGUGACGUUUUCUGUUCUUUUCCACUAUGCCUCUGCAGUAUGAAUACAUCAAGUAUGUGUUUUUAUCUCAAUUAGAAAAGUUUAAACUUUGCUUGUUGUCAUUGGGUGUGCUACAUUUUGUAGAAUUGUUCGGUACACUU